AUGACAGCCGGAUCAAGACGCUCACUGCCCUUCCCGCACUGGCUAUAUGGUACGCACUUCCCACCAAAUGCCCAAUUGCCAAUUGCCAAUACGGAAUCCCCCAUACCCCUCGCAAACCAAACAACAAAAACCACUAACAAACUCCAAGCCCACUGCCAAAGAUCAAACUACAUAUUCAUAAGCGCCGACUACCGCCUCAUCCACCCAAAAACAACGGCAGACCAAAUCACCGACGCAAAAGCCCUCUUCACCUUCCUAACAAGCCCGGCAUUCAAAAACAACUUACCUGCAAAUACAACACUGGACAGCACCCGAAUAGCAGUUUCUGGCUUCUCAGCCGGCGCAUACUCGGCCCGCGCAGCCUGCAUCCACGCAAAUCCCAAACCAGCAGCAUUGAUAUCCGUCUACGGUCUCGGCGGGAAUAUGCUGCUAGACCAUUGGACGCGAGGUCGUCCACCGACCUCUAUUGCCAACUUCGUUGAUCUUGAGUCUGUUUCGGGGUUAUUGGCUGAUAGGGCUGUUGUCAGUGAUGAUUUCCACCAAGGGGAUAGUCCAUUAUCGAAGAGGUUUGCGUUGACCGUUAGGUGGGAGCUUGAUGGGACGAUGCUUGAUGGGUGUUUUGGAGCACCGGGAUUGGGGAAGAUGUUGGAUGCUGUGGAGUAUGAAGAAAGGGAGGGGAUUGUUCCGGAGGAAUUGAGGGAGGGUUUUUUACAGGCUUUUGUUAAGGGGGACUAUCCGCCUUCUGUUUUUGUUCACGGGACUGCUGAUGAGGUCGUUCCUCCUGAAGAGAGUGUUUAUCAUUAUGGGCAGUUGAGGGCGAUGGGGGUUGAGAGUGAGUUGUAUUUGGUUGAAGGGGGGCCGCAUGGGCUUUUAGAGUUUGUGCUUGAGUCUGAGUCAGUGGUUGGGAAGGAGACGGCUAGGGCUUAUGAGGGGGCUCUUGGGUUUGUGGAUCGGACUUUUAGGGGCGUUGGUGGUCAGGGUGGUGUUAAACUAUGA